AUGGCAACCGCACUCUACACCCCCGAACGAGCAGCCGUUGCUCCGCCUGUCCACAAUAUGGAGGGGGCUGUCGACUGUCUUGCUUCCACGGACGACGCGACUACCGCCUCUCUCGCCCGCGGCUCUGCGUCUUAUCAUGGCGCGCUGCCUCCUCCCAACCCUCAAUUCUCGUUUCCCGCAGCGCCGCCCACACCGUCACACGAGUCGAUCGCCAAGCGGAGGCGACCCAUGUCCGCCGUCGAGAUGCACCGGCCCCUCAGCAUAGCCGUGGAUGGCUCUCGACACGCGGCGCUGCCGGCUUUCAGCUUCAAUCCGGGUGCCUCUCUUCCUCCAGACCCUCGUGCUUUUCUCAGCCCGCCUCAUUCUCCAAACUCCGCCAAGCAAACUCCCGGCGCCGCGUCCAACCGUCCAAUGGGCCACGGCCAUCGAAGGGGCGGCAGCGAGUUUGUCGGCGGCCGUCUUCGCGAAGGGAGCACGAUUGCCGUCAUGAGCACGAGCCCGCCAAAGAACGAAUUUGACUUGAAGACGCCCGCGCUACAGCCACCGCGCAGAGGACACCGCCGAGGCAUGUCUGCCACUAUUCCAGCAACUGACCUCCCCAUGCUCUUCGCGCCGCCAGCCAUCGGCUCUCUCCCCCAAGGAAACAGCGCUCCCAGUAGCCCUACAAUCAUGGGUCGAAAAGAGGAUCUGCCUCUCAUUGGCUUCGAGUUUCCCUUGCCGGAGCCCACCCAACUUGGAAAAGAUGACAAGACCGCAGGCAACUCCAAAGCACCGCUCCUGGCUCCCGACGAGGCCUGGAAGAUGGGUAAACCCAUGCUGCGUUCAAAGGUUGGGUUUUCGGAUACUCUGGAAUUUAUUCCCCGGCCCCUCUCACUCGUGUCUAAUGACACGUCGAGCACCAUAACCGCGCGACCGGGCCAUUCGGUCUCUGGCAGUGUAUCCUCCGUCAUCUCGGUUACUUCCAACAAUGGUCGAGAUGGCUCCGCUCCACUUUCGCGAACAGCGAGUGAACCUCAGGAGUCCCGACCCAGCACAGCAGGCGCCAUCCUGGAACGCACCGCGGAGCUGCAAAUUACCGAGGAGCCGCCUACUUCUCCCCGCCGCCGAAACUCGAUUCCUGCUCUCCUCAAUAUCGCCGACGCUGACGCCACAGAGUCGAACGUGUCCACCCCCUCCAAACCCGCCAAGCGCUGGUCCUUCUUCGGCCUAGAUGCCUUCGCCUCUGGAUCUCCCGUCAAGAGGCGGCCGAGCUCUUCCGGCUCUUCGGAAUGCGCCCCUCGCCCUGUUGAUAGAAUCUCUUGCUCUGAUCGUGGGUCGGAGUCUUCGCUAGACACUUCAGAAACCCCUUCAUCGAAGCACAAGAAGGGAAGCAAAAAGGGCGACAAGAAGAAGAAGAAGAGCAAAAAGGAAAGGAAGGAGGAGAAGAAGGAGAAGAAGAAGGAGGAGGAGAAGAAGGCCAAAGGGUGGGCUGGCUCCAUUCUUCCCUUGAAGGGUCACAAGAAGCGUGGCAAAUCAAGCGCAGUUCGACCACCAACGCCUCCAGCGUCUGUGUCGCAUCCUGACGACGACGAAGAGGAUGAAACAGAAAGGGACAUUCGAGAACCUUCGUUUGAACCGCCCACCAUCAGCAUCACCGAAUCGCCUCCCUUACCUGAGCCUUGCGAGCCGCCGAAGCGGCAUUCAGAGGAGGUCUCUUCUCCCAUGAUUGACCUGGAUGCCGCUCUCGGUCCUUUCAACACCCCCUUGUCCUAUAACCCGGAGUGGGAGGCUGCUCAGCGUGCCGCAGGCACGCCGAGUAGCAGGAGGCGCCUCCAUAGCGCUCAAGGACUCAAGGGCUUCAGUGGUCCAGGCAUGCAUUAUCACCGACGUGCCGAGUCGGCCCCUGACCUCCCUCCCUUUGAUUUCCGCUCUUCCAUGCACCGAUUCGGCAGCAGCUCCACCAUGGCUGACGUGUUUGAAGAGGAUGAAGAGGACGACGACGGAAAAGGCCACACCAGGACCCGGCUCGAAACCAGCGAGGAGACUAGCGAGGAAUCCGACGGCGAGACGACACCGCCCGCUGUCGGGCCUAUCUCGAAAGAAGCCUUUGGCGCCCCCAGCGACAAGGCGCUAGGGAAAAUGCGUCGCAGAAGCGCUGGCAUCAUGGAGAGAGAAUCUUUCAGCUCGCAAGCAGCACGGGCUGAUGCUUUCAAGAUCUCGCUCCAAGAUGAAACCAUUGCAGAGGAGUUUUCAAUGCCCAUAUUCCGCGCCCCUACCUUCCAAGGCCGCAGGGAUUCCGUCGACUCCGGGGCGCCCUCGGCCCCCUCUCCGCGACAGCUCCCUGUCACUGUCGAUAUGCCGGUGGAUGAUCAGCCUCUUGCUCUUCCCAGUGCUGGCAUUUCACCGCUUAGCCCUUACUCGGCUAGCUAUGCCUCGUCUCCCCAUCCCUCUCCGCGGACGCCAAUGUCGAUAGACGCCCAGCGUAUCUCUACGGCGCCGUCGUCCGUCACUGACGAUAGCUUCCAUUCUCUGCUCAUGGGAGAGCCGGGACCGGAAGUCAGGAUUUCGAUGGACUACGACGUCCCGUCCAUUGCGUCGAGCGCCUCUGCCAUGACUCGUGACAGCAGCUAUAUUCCCGCACCGCGACCGCGACAACCUCUUGCUCGUGAUCAGCGUCCGGUGUCCAUGUCAGCGCCAUUUGGGCGCAGGCGAUCGAGCUUGGCCAGCCUCAGCCGUCUCAUUAGCAGUUCCCACGGCGAGAGAAGCAAGCUCUCCAUGGAGGUGACUCUAGAUAAUGAGCCGGAGUCGAAAAAGUCCAAGAGCAAAACCAAGCGGCUUGGCCGGAUGAUGCAGUUUUGGAAACCGAACAAAGAUGAGAAAGACAAAGCCACUUGA